AUGCCUUUUUACAUUCCCAAUAAAACAAAAACCUAAAAACACACACUAAAAAAACGAAACAAAAAAUUGAAAUUUCUCUAAACGACAAAAUAUUCAUCUACUAGUCCUUACAAUAAUAAUAUUUGCAUUUCUUCAUCUGCUGUUCUGUUCCACUGAUCUCGCUUCCUCCUCCUUACUACGCCCAAUCCCGUCGUAGUUCUUCCGCCAAUUCCCACUUCAAAUGUUUCAGUAAAUAUAUAUUUAUAUAUCCUCCCGAUUGAUUCAACCAUGGCGGAUCCUCUCCGGUUAAGCCGCCUUAACCGGAGACAUGAUAACCCGCACUUCUUCACCACUCUCCUCACUUCCCACCGAACUCUCCUCACUCUCAUUUGGACCGCCGCUUUCAUCCUCGUCGCCUUUUGGCAGAAAUCCGCCGUCGACCGCCUCCUACACUUCCGACACAGCUGGCCCGCCGCUCCGCCCCGGCCUAUUCCCAAGCUCCGUGAUCUCGUCUUCAACCUUACUGAUUUCGGUGCUGUCGGCGACGGCGUCACCUUGAACACCGCGGCGUUCGAGAGGGCAAUCUCGGAAAUUCGCAAGCGUGGCGGUGGUCAGCUCAAUGUGGGACCCGGCUAUUGGCUCACUGCCCCUUUCAAUCUCACCAGCCACAUGACAUUAUUCCUUGCUCAGGAUGCUGUCGUUCUUGGAAUUGACGUAUGUGCCCCUGUCUUCCUCGGCUGAGCUUUGUUCAAAUAUACUCUGUUAGUGUUUGUGAUUUUGACUGUGAAAAGUUUUUGAAUCAGGAUGAGAAUUACUGGCCGUUAAUGCCUCCUCUGCCAUCAUAUGGAUACGGGAGAGAACGUCCGGGUCCGCGGUAUGGAAGCUUGAUCCAUGGCCAAAACUUGAAGGAUGUUGUCAUUACAGGGCAUAAUGGUACUAUAAAUGGACAAGGGAAGAGAUGGUGGGAGAAAUAUAAGAAGAAGAUGUUGAACUACACUAGGGGUCCCCUUGUGCAGAUUAUGUGGUCCAGAGAUAUUGAGAUUUCUCAUGUUACCUUGAGGGAUUCUCCAUUCUGGACGCUCCAUCCUUAUGAUUGUCAAAAUGUGAUCAUCAGGAAUGUGACUAUUUUGGCUCCAUCUUCUGAUGCCCCUAAUACUGAUGGCAUUGAUCCUGAUUCAUGCGAAAAUAUGGUCAUUGAGGACAGUUAUAUAAGUGUUGGAGAUGAUGCAGUUGCAAUAAAGAGUGGCUGGGAUCAAUAUGGAAUUGCUUAUGGGCGCCCUUCGACCAACAUUCUCAUACGAAAUCUGAUUGUGCGUUCCAAGAUUAGUGCAGGAGUGUCAAUUGGUAGUGAAAUGUCUGGAGGAGUCUCAAACAUAACAGUGCAGAAUCUCCUUGUAUGGAACUCUAAAAGGGGUAUCAGGAUCAAGACAAGUGCUGGUAGGGGAGGAUAUGUUCGGGAUAUAACUUACCAGAACCUGACAUUUGAUAGUGUCCGAGUGGGUAUUGUAAUAAAAACAGAUUACAAUGAGCAUCCGGAUGAAGGUUAUGAUCCUUCUGCACUUCCGGUUAUCAAAGACAUCAGUUUCACUUCUAUACGCGGGCAGGGAAUUCGUAUUCCGGUUCGCAUAUAUGGCAGCCAAGAGAUUCCUGUACGGAAUAUCACUUUCAAGGACAUGUUAGUUGGCAUCUCUUACAAGAAGAAGCACAUCUUCCAGUGUUCUUAUGUUCAAGGCCGUGUGAUUGGAAAAAUUUUCCCUUCUCCCUGUGACAAUCUUGAUAUAUAUGAUGACAAGGGGCGUCUAGUCAGACCAGCAACGGCACGUAACAGCAAUGAUACAGACUAUGACUUUUAAGAAAUUCAAGGGAGCUCUAUGAUGAUAUCCUUCUGUAGUGGAGCAUUAUUCUUUUCUUCUUGAUCGUGAAUAUAACACGGAGAGGAACGUACAAGCCUGAUCAAGAGUAAGGAUUUAGAAUUGUUUCUUUGGUUUAAGAGUUCGAUAUGAUUAAUGAGUAGAGUAAACUACCACAGCUUCUAACUAAGAUGACCUGGCGGUGAGAGAAUCGUGGUAUCAUCUGUUUUAGGGUUUUGUACACAUCUUACGUCUCAUUUCAGGCUGAUUUUACCACUUAAAUGCCAUGCGAACUAGGGAAAGGAUUGUACUGCUGUUAACACCUGCCACAGAACUGAGUUGAUGUUUAGGAGUCAUGAAUUUUUUAUGUUCAUCAUCAUGUUUCUUACUUUGGAUAGGGCUAAAUGGUUGACCACAUCUCUGUCCGCCUUUUUACUGAAUCUGGGUAGGGAUGAUUGGAAUUUUUGAUAGUUGUAAUUGUACAAGUAGGAGGAUAGGGGGUGAGAUUAUUUUGUACUACGACAUUAAUCUUUUCGUAUAUUUUGGUAGCACCUCAUAGGUUUUUUGUCUCUAAAGCUUAGCUUUAGUUCGGUGCUGGUUUGUUCCACUUGUACAAAGAUUUUAGUAGCAGCAUCUCUCUGAAUUUCAUAAGGUUUUACCUUAGCUUAAAUAUACCAUCCAUUUCCUGAAA